CCCCCGGCGGCCCGACCGCGCAGGUUCUGACCCGGCCACUCCCGGAGCGGCUGUCCAGCCCGGCGUCCAGCCCAUGGAGUCUCCGUCUGGCACGUUCUCCUGCUCCUGCUCCUCGCUCCUGUCCUCUUCUCCCGCCUGCCCCGUGAACAGUGACUUGGGUUCCCCCUCCCAUGGCGAGGGGGAGGAGAAAGGGGCGCGAGGCCCCAGCCCAGACCCUGCUCGGCCCAGGGGAGGUCAUCGUUCCAGCCCAGGUCCUGUCCGGUGCAGGCAGCGGCCCAAGGUGUCCAGCAGUCAACGUGAGGCGUCUCUCUGGGAACAGCCGGGCUGGCCUUCUCCGGCAGCAGGAUCUGGGGUGAAAAGAUCAAGGGAUGAUGACUCGGAGGCCAGUCUCAGUGCUGAGAGCUGUGGCACGGAAGGAGACCUGCUCUUUGCCCAGAAGUGUAAAGAGCUCCAGGGCUUCAUUCGCCCUCUCACAGACCUCCUGAAUGGGCUGAAGAUGGGGCGCUUUGAGAGAGGGUUGAGCAGCUUUCAGCAGAGUGUGGCAAUGGACAGAAUCCAGCGGAUUGUGGGUGUUCUGCAGAAGCCACAGAUGGGGGAGCGAUACCUGGGAACCCUGCUGCAGGUAGAGGGGAUGCUGAAGACUUGGUUUCCUCAUAUAGUUGCCCAGAAGCCGCUGCUGAGGAGCAGCAGGCAGCAGCUGACCAAGCAUUUUCCAAGCCACCACAGUUACCCAGCUGCUUCCUCUCCCGACCCUCCCGUGGAGAAGCUGGAGCAGGCUCAGCCUGGACAUACAGUGUUGAAACCACAGCAGCCGUGGCACCUCACUGAGUGGCCAACUAUGAACCUCACUUGGAUCCACACUACCCCGAUCUGCAACCCCCCCCUUAGUUCCCCGGGUACCAUCGCCAUCAGCCACGCUCCUUUAGACACUGGAACCAGCAUUGGCGUCAUCCUUUUCCUCCAACCUGGAAUGCAGCCCUUCACCCACUCCGCCCCAGCCACUCCAUCUCUGCCUACCACAGCAUCUCUCAUCACCCUUGGUGGCCCCAAGAAACUGUCUGGAGAAGAGUCUCGUUGCCGCAGUUUGCCAGUAACUCUGCCAUCAGACUGGAGCUGUCCCCUGCCUCCCCCUGGCCCACCCAGCGUGGCCAGCAAGGUGACAGUGGGUCACCUAGAACGGAGGAGAAGCCCCCCUCCAGGUGCUUCCCAUGGCCGGCUUCUCACCCCCUGACAGGACUUGGGACUCUGGUUUCUAAUUUGUGUAAAUCUCUCUCUCUUUUUUACUUUUAAUGUGUGCAUUUGUGUUGAGGGAAGAGAAAUCCUUUCUGAUUAAAACAAUUUUAUACCUAAGCAUUUUGCUGAUUACAGGAAAUUGGAAACCUUCUAUUUCAAAUACUGUACAUCCUCUGAGCGCCAGAGGAGGAGAAAGGGGCCGGAACGCUUGUGCAUGGGAGCGCCACCAUCUUAGACAUCUGGGCAGGCCCGCAGAAGCCUGCGAGGGA